UGGAAAACAUGCAGUUGGGCACAUGUCGAUUUCACUGCCUCCGCCUUUGAUUCUCGGUUCAACUCAUUUCCUUGCAGGACGAGAAGUUUCCACAAUUUAAAUUAGCUGAUUGUAUUCUGAGCACGUCAAAGCGGAGCCAAAUGGAGGAGAAUUCGGAGAACACGGAGGUUCAGGGACAGCGUGUGACACGGGCUCGCACGCGCCGGAUGUCCCUGCUGGACACAGACAGUCGGCCUGGAACGCCGCAGCUGGACACUGCCUCGGAUCGGGGCACAGCUUCACCGCGCCCCACUCGCCGCACGCGUCUGAACUCUGUCACAUUGGACGUUAGGACUCCUACUCGGCCCACACGCGCCUCUCUGGCCCGUGGCGAGACCCCAGAGCCCACCACACCCUCCUCCGUGAAGAGGACUGCUCGCACUCCGGCCAAAACCAAAUCAGUGCGCCAACAAUUGACGCUCAAAGAGGAGGAGGAAGUUGAAGUAAAGCAGGCGGAGAAGCCGAGCUCGCGAACGAACACGCCCCCGCCCGCUGGCGAGAAGAGAGUGACACGCUCCAUGUCGCAGACACCGCCCAGCGUUACCCGACCCUCGUCGCAACCCGAUCUGAUCGCUUUCCCAGAAGAUAAUCCAAAGCGGAAGCUGGAGAGUGUGGACAAGCCACAAGUGUUGGUUCAGGAAGUAAUGGCGGCAGAUUCGAUUAAACCAUACACACCUAAGGUGUCUGUGAGGCUUGAGAAGCUAAAAUUGACUGAACAUGGCAGAAGUGACAUGGUUUUGGCCGAGGAAAUCAAACAAAAGGCAAGAUCAUCCCCUAUGAACUCGUUGGUGGUCGAAGGAACAAAUGAUGAUCCCACAGAGUCCGUACCGAUUCUGGAUUCUGAAAAAUCCCAGGCCCUGCCGAGCAUUAACAACGAAAGCCAGGCGUCCAUUCCCUCAACCGACCCAAAAACAGUUUUUGAAUUCUUUGAUGCAUCAGAUAACAAAAUGGAAAUGCAACCAGUACCAGCACAUUUGCCGGUCCGGGCUCCUAAAAAUAAUGAUUCCCUGGAAGAGCAAGAGUUCUUAGAUGCAGAAGAAUCGCUGCCAGAAGAUGAGCCGCAAAAAGAUGACCGAGUGUCUGAGAUGGAACAGCGUUCCAAAGGUGAGCAGCAGGUUAUGCCGAAGCCAGAUAUUGCUGAGCCGGAAGCGAAAAUCAUGCUUCAGGAGAGUCAAAAACUGGAACAGGGUUCCAUAGUUGAUCAGAGGGUUAUGCCGAAGCCAAAAGAGGAAAUCACGCGUCAGGAGAGCCCAAAACUCAAAGAGGUAACUAUUGAACUGGACCAGGGUUCCAAAGUUGAGCAGCAGGUUAUGCCGAAGCCAGAUAUUCCUGAGCCAGAAGAGGCAAUCAUGCGUCAGGAGAGUCCGAAACGCAAAGAGGCCCCUAUUGAAACUCCCGAAGAACUCAUUGCGGAGGAAACUAAGCCUCUGGAGACCCCUAUUGAUGUAGAUGAGGAAAUAGAUGUUCUAGAUAGGGAGAAUUCGGUCAUUACUUCAACAUAUCUGGAUCCUUUUACUGGCAUCAACAAGAAAGUCGUGGGCUUUAACAGCGACACAGAGGAGGCCGACGUUGAAAAGAAACGAUUUCCCAAGACCCCGGGCCGCGAGAAAGCCCCAUCUAUUAUAAGCUUUACCCCGCAGCCAUUAAAGACUGACCUGGAACCGAGGCGAAAUAGCUCCACGCCCUUGCUCAAGAGCCAAGAGUCACAGUUGGCUCAUGGCAAGCCAAAGCUGCAGCCACCGCCGCUUCAAAUAGACGCAAUCAAGCCUUUCGAUGAGCUGGAGAAAGAGAAGGAAUCCUCACUGGUGAGGCCAGCAAACAUGUCGCCAAAGAAGUCUAUGACCGCAAUCCUCGCUCUCCUGAAUAGCGAUGAGGAGCCGGAAGAAAGUGGUGGCGAAGAGGAGGAGGGCGAUGACUGCGAGUUCGUUGAUAACGAAGCGGAGGAGGCGCCUGCUCAUUACGUGUCAGGAGACUCCAUGGACUCUACGGAUCGUCGAGAGAUUGAGGAAAAUGAAAUUCACAGCGACGGGGAAUCAGUGGGAAGCCAGGACACCGAAGACGAUUCUGUUGGUGAUAUACAUGAAUCGAGUGAUUCCUUUAUCGUUCCGGACGACGAUGUGGAGGAGGAUUUGGACCCACUGUGCUACUCCACCAACGAGGAGGAUGAGGCGGAACAUUUCGAAUCGAGGGACAAAAAGAAACGUCGUCGAAUUUUAGUGGCGGAGUCUAGUGACGAUGAAAACCAGGGCAAGGACCAGAACAUGAGCCAAUUGGCCAAGUCCAAGGACCAGAGCAACUUCUCGUCCGAUGCCAGCAAACUGAGCGAAGCUGCCCAAAUGUUGAACGCCAGCACGGAGAAGACUUCCCACUCUGAAACCGAACUGGAGAACUCGCGAAUCGUGGCACUUAACGAACUAAACAAGUCGGAGAGGUUCAACAAGACAGCCACGCGCCUGGACGCUAGCGUAUUGGAGCUGGAUUCCACUGAUCAAGAGGAAGAGGAACAGGAGGAGGAUGAGGACCAGGCAAAUAAGGGAAAUAGGAGUGUAGUUGAGAUCAUGGACUCCGAGGACGACAAGGAGGGCCCCGUUGACGACAAAGACGAAGGCGAGGGCGAAGAACAUGAAGCUGCACCUGAAACUAAAAAUGAGAGGGCAGCAGAGGAGGAGACUGUGGAAAAGUCCACCUCCUUUCAGACACAAAAAUCAUCGAAAUCUGCGGAUGAGGAAGCUCUGCUUGCAGAGUUAGCUUCCAGUGAUCUGCGUCACCUUGAGACCAUGUUCAAUCCUCUCCAGAAGUCUCGUCGCCAGUCCUUGAUCAUGCCCGGUCAUGAAGUGGCAGCCAAAGAGCCCAAGCUGAAGCGCCGCAGUACCUGUGCUCUGGUUGGCAGUCCCUCACAAUCCUUUGUGAAUAUGAUGGCCGAACACAAGCGGAUCAUAAACAAGCGCAAACGCCUCUCAAAGAGCUUUUCAGGCGCUGCCGAAGAUCUAGAAGAAAUGAGCGGAAUUCAUCAUGAGCGAAAGCGCCUGAAAAGCUCAAGAGGGGAUUCCUCAGAGUCCUUGGAGGAUGACGAUGAUCCCAAAGUUGAGGCGGCUCCCGUGGAACAUUCUGCUGAGAUCGAGACAUCUGAACAAGAUGUUUUCCAGGAAUCAGACAACGCAGAAGAGCCGAUGCAGACUGAAACCAUUCCAGAAGCAAUCCCUGAUGACAAGAUGGAAAAUGUUUCUUUGAAAAAAUCACCAGCAAAGGAAACUUCGUUGGAUAAUUCACGGUCCAAGGAACAACCCAAUCCGAUAUGGGAGGCGGAGGCAGCUGGUGUUAAGACUAUUCCUUCUAUUAAAGCAUCGGCAACCAAAGGAAAGCUUGAGCCCUCCAGUGAGCCCAGGACUGCUGAAUAUUACCUAGAAUACUGCAACAGCGUCCUCCAGAAGGCCAAUGAAGCCUUAAGGAGGAAGAAACAAGAGGACGUUGCCGCAGGAAAGAAGCAAAAGAAGCAAAAGCGACCAGCUGCGUCUGCGGCUGGCAAAUCCGAUCAAGUGAUGUCAGUUUUGCCACUCCAGACGGGAAAACCAACUUCUAAGCCUUCACUGGCCAUAUCCACAGUGCAGGCGGGGAAACACGAUGCUAAGCCAACCCCUCCUCCCCCUAAGAAGGAUUUGAAGCGCCUGCAGGCAGCUCGCCAGGCUGUGGGGCAUGCUGUUAACCUCCUGGCGCCGGCCAAAAUCGCCGGCAAAGAGCCACGUUCUCUGGCACGUAAACUAUCGCCGCAGCCGCCCAUAGAGGCCAAGAAGGACAGCAAAAAGCUGAAGAAAACCAAAAAGCAGAAGUUGGCAGAGUCCCCUUUAAAGAGUUCCGAUGAGGAAAACCAUGUCGUGCGAGGCAAUCGUUUCCGCACGAAUGCCGGCUUUGUGACAGUAUCCAGGAUCGAUUCUCCGCCGAGAGCACCAAUUAUUGAGCUAAUUAAAACCAGCUCCGGCAUAAUGCGUGUGGAGCCGGCAACACCGAAGCAGAAAUACUUUCGCGAUACGCCGGCUACUCCGAGAAACCAAGGAUUCCAAGAGAGGCCAGCUUCCCCUGGGCACUCAAAGAAGCGAGUCAAGCAGAAAGCCCAAAACCCAGCUAUGCAGUCGGCGCUUCGCUUCAAGGAACAGGCCUUUGCCCGCAAGUUUUGAGCCCAAAUGCAAAUGGAAACCUAGUAUUUAAAAGAAGAGAAGGCGAAAAGCGAGGAUUUCUACGCAUAUUAUUCUUUUCUUUAGAUUAUAGUUAUUUUUCCAAAUUAUUUCUGAACAGGGUUUAUCAAUUUUUGUUUGUCUUUUACGUUUUAUUGAAUUAUUGAAUUGUUUUUCUAAUUUUUCCUUUUCUUCCCUUUCAUUAACUUUAAAGUUUGUUUUGGAGCGAGUUUAUUAUCUUUUGUUUAUUUGUUUCAAAUUAGGUUUUCUUAUUAUUCUGCGUUCUGGAGAUCUUGCCACAAUGAUAUUUCAGUUAUAUUCCAAUACUUAUACGUAUGCAGCACUUAUUGAAUUAAAUAAAUACAUAUAUGUUUGUUA